AUCUCCCGUCCCUCGCAGCCUUGACCCGUGACCGUGAGAGAUAGCUAGCUAGCUCCAUCAGGAUAGCACUGCCUGCUCAAGAACAGGAAGAGGAAGAGGGACCAAUGGCCGGUGGCGAUCAACCUGCGCUGAGGCAAGUGCUCAUGGUGGCGAAGGCCUGCUUCGUCCUGGGCUUGGUGAUGGCCGUGAUCGGGCUUGUUGCCGCCACCAGCAACCCGGGAGACUUCCAGUCGCAGACGGACGCGGCAACGGAGGCGGAGGCGCUGCGCCUGCGCUCGGGGGCGCUCACCCUGGUGCUCCUCGGGGUGGCACAGGCGAUGACCGCCGCGGCGGCCGUCGUGGUCCUCGCGGGGGGCUCCCUCGCAUUUAUGGGCCGGUGCCUCGUCGCCAGCGCGCUCGUCGUCGCCGCCACCAAUACCUACCUUCUCUGCAGAGUCGUCUACAUGGUGGCAGUCAUCGCCGGCGGGAACUUCCUCGACGUCUGGACCCACAUCUCCAUCGCCUGCUCCUUCUUCUCCUUCUUCUCCGCCAGCCUCGCCGCCACCCUGGCUGGGCCUAAUCAACCUCGCCGGCCGUCGCCUUUAGCGUAAAUAAUAAUAAUUCAAAAGAAAUACAAACAUCUUAUAGAGUUUCACAACCAAACAAAUAUAUCAUAGUUUACAAAGCCAAAUAAAAAUUAAUUUGUCUCAAAUUCAUUUGAAAAAAUAUACAUCUAUUGGUUACUAACGUGAGCCAACAUAUACUCAACCAAAUAUUUGCAGUUGCAUGUGAGUUUCUCAAUCACACAUUUGAUAAUGAAAUUGGAUGAACUAUGCAAA